GUAUAUAUCAUCAUUGAGGUAACAGAGGACUCUCUGACACAAGUCAUCAUUGAAACCCUAAGCCUCCCCACAACCCCAUAUCUCUUUGUCUGAAAAACUCUUUUGCUUAUAAAUAUACACUCAUACUAUAAGCCAUAUCUUUCAAACUGUACUGUUGCACAAGUGUAGAGGCAGUGGCACAACAUCUUUAAGAGAGAGAGAGAGAGGUAAGAGAAGUCAUUUAUUCAUCUUCGCUGAGAAAAAAAAACAUCGAGGGAAAAAAAGUUUUUUUGUGUGUGUUGUUGAGAAAUGGGAGAGAGAGAUGAUGGAUUGGGGCUAAGCUUGAGCUUGAGUUUAGGUUUUAAUCAGAAGGAUUCGUCUUCGAGGUUGAAUCCAAUGCCUCUGGCGUCUCAUUCAUCCUCAUCACACAUGCAUAUGCAGAGCCACUAUAGCCAUCCUCAGAAGAUUCAGAAUAAUUGGAUUCAAAUGUUUCAAUCUUCAGAGAGGAACUCAGACAUGAGAUCUUUCCUCCGGGGAAUCGACGUGAACAGAGCUCCAUCGAUGGUGGUGGUUGACGUUGAGGAAGACGCCGGAGUCUCGUCUCCGAAUAGCACCGUCUCAAGCGUGAUUUGCGGGAAGAGGGGCGAGCGGGACAUGGUGACUGCUGCGGUGGGAGGAGGGAGAAUAAUAGAAGAUAACGAGGCGGAGAGAGCUUCUUGCUCACUCGGUGGCGGUGGUAGCGACGAUGAAGAUGGCGGCGGGAACGGAGACGACGGUUCGAGGAAGAAACUCCGAUUAUCUAAAGAACAAGCUCUGGUCCUCGAGGAGACUUUUAAAGAACAUAGCACUCUCAAUCCGAAGCAAAAGAUGGCUUUGGCUAAGCAAUUGAAUCUAAGGACUAGGCAAGUUGAAGUGUGGUUCCAAAAUCGAAGGGCAAGGACGAAACUGAAGCAAACGGAAGUCGAUUGUGAAUAUCUAAAAAGAUGUUGCGAGAAUCUGACGGAGGAGAAUCGGAGAUUGCAGAAGGAAGUUAGUGAGCUUAGGGCUUUAAAGCUUUCGCCACACUUGUACAUGCACAUGAAACCUCCCACAACUCUCACAAUGUGCCCUUCUUGUGAGCGAGUCGCUGUUUCGUCAUCCUCGUCAUCGGUGGCUCCUCCUGUGAUGACGUCAUCAUCUCCGAUGGGACCAAUGAGUCCCUGGGCUGCCAUGCCUCUCCGGCAACGACCUGCUGCUGGUUCUCAUUAGGAAAAAUUCUGUGUUAUUUUGUUGUUUCUUGUUUCGGUAGAGUUUUAGUUUUAGCCUAAAAUUCUGGUGAUUUGGGUUUUAUUAUAAUGUAAAACGAUCUUGGAAUGUCUUUUCAAGAGUCUGUGAUCAUGCUCUUUCUUGUCUCCUUUUGAUUUUAACGGCUAUCUCUCUAUAUUGAUAGUUCUAUUAUAAGGAAAAGAAAGAAUCUACGAGAUUUGUAAUUGUAGAAUGAUUAAGAAGAGACCCUUUAUUAAUU